AUGUCAGAGUUCUGGCUAAUUUCUGCCCCAGGAGACAAAACAAAUCUGCAGGCAUGGGAGAGAAUGAACACUGUGACAUCUAAAUCCAACCUGUCCAGCAACAGUAAAUUCCAUAUUCCAGACUUAAAGGUGGGGACACUGGAUGCUCUUGUUGGUCUGUCAGAUGAGUUGGGAAAACUUGAUACCUUUGCUGAAAGUGUAAUAAAGAAAAUAGCCCAGUACAUAGGAGAAGUUAUGGAGGACUCAAAAGACAAAGUCCAGGAAAAUCUUCUGGCCAAUGGAGUUGACCUCAUUAGCUACCUGACACGGUUUGAGUGGGACAUGGCCAAAUACCCCAUAAAGCAGCCGCUGAAGAAUAUAUCAGAAGCAUUAGCAAAGCAAGUGACUCAAAUAGAAGCAGACCUGAAGACCCGAUCAGCUGCGUACAACAACAUCAAAGGAAAUUUGCAAAGCCUGGAGAAGAAAACGAUGGGAAAUCUGCUGACCCGGACCCUGGCAGACAUUGUGCACAAAGAAGACUUUGUUCUCAAUUCCGAGUAUCUUAUCACGCUGCUCGUCGUGGUGCCAAAGUCAAGCUAUGUACAGUGGCAGAAGACCUAUGAAUCACUCUCAGAUAUGGUAGUACCUCGCUCCACCAAAAUGAUUGCUGAGGAUGCAGAGGGAGGACUCUUCACUGUGACCCUGUUUAGAAAAGUGAUGGAAGACUUUAAGGCUAAAGCCAGGGAGAACAGGUUCAUGGUUCGAGAAUUUUAUUAUGAUGAGAAGGAACUGAAAUGUGAAAAGGAAGAGCUGAUGAAAUUAGCUUCUGACAAGAAACAACAAUACGGCCCCUUACUGCGCUGGCUGAAGGUGAACUUCAGUGAAGCAUUUGUGGCUUGGAUUCAUGUGAAAGCCUUGAGAGUUUUUGUUGAAUCUGUCCUGAGGUAUGGCCUCCCUGUGAAUUUCCAAGCGAUGCUGCUGCAGCCAAACAGGAAGUCUGUCAAGCGCCUGAGAGACGUCCUGAACCUAGUCUUCAAACACCUGGAUGAAGUUGCAGCAGCAAGUAUAAUGGACCCUGGCAUGGACAUCCCUGGGUUACAACUGAGCAAUCAAGAAUACUAUCCUUAUGUCUAUUUCAAGAUUGACCUCAGUCUUCUUGACUGCAGUUAAAGAAGAAUUGCUCAAGCUUCAUCUAUUAAUUUUCAAGACUGUUAUGUUACUGUAAGACAAUCUUUAGCUGCUGAAAGUCAAAAUGCAAAUACUGUAGCAGGAUGAUCUUCCUAGACUUCUAGUAAUUUUUACAGAGACUAC